UGGCGGCAAAUCGUAAUGUUGUUUUGUUGAUUUUUAUUUAUUAAUUUGGGCCAAAAUGUCCGAGCCUAAAGUGCUUCAGAAUACAGGAAAGUUUGUGAGUGAAACUCGAGCCGAGGGAGAUGACUUCUUCAAUGAAGCUGGUUACCGACAGUCGCGGGAGAAUGAUAAAAUUGAUUCCAAGUAUGGAUUCGACAGGGUCAAGGAUAGCCUGGAACGGACCGGCUACUUGAUCAACAUGCAUGCGAACGAAGUCCUGGACGAGGAUCGCCGAUUGACGGCUGCUCUGGAUCUAUUCUUCAUUCAAAUGGAUGGCUCUCGCUUCAAGUGUACAGUGGCGUAUAAACCAUAUCUGUUGGUGCGACCCGAGGAUAAUAUGCAUUUGGAAGUGGCCCGUUUUCUGGGGCGCAAAUAUUCUGGCCAGAUCGCUAGUCUGGAGCAUAUAACCAAAGAAGAUCUGGAUUUGCCCAAUCAUUUGGCGGGCCUGAAACAGCAUUAUUUAAAACUCUCUUUCCUAAAUCAAACCACCAUGACCAAGGUGAGGCGAGAAUUGCUGGCUGCAGUGCGUCGGAAUACGGAACGUCAAAAGUCCAAUACAUACUAUAUGCAAAUGCUGGCCUCAUCGCUGGCCCAGUCCUCCGCCAAUACAGAAGAUGGAUCAGGGAAGCGGCAACUCGACUAUUUCGACUGCAUCACAGAUAUACGGGAGCAUGAUGUACCCUACCAUGUGCGUGUGUCAAUUGAUUUGCGAAUCUUUUGCGGCCAAUGGUACAACAUUCGUUGCCGCAGUGGUGUCGAGAUGCCUACGAUCACAUGUCGGCCGGAUAUACUCGAUAGACCGGAGCCCGUGGUCCUGGCCUUUGAUAUUGAGACAACGAAAUUGCCAUUGAAAUUCCCCGAUGCCCAGACCGAUCAGAUUAUGAUGAUCUCGUAUAUGAUCGAUGGCCAGGGUUAUCUUAUAACGAAUCGUGAGAUAAUUUCAUCCAAUGUGGAGGACUUUGAGUACACUCCCAAACCGGAAUUUGAGGGUCAUUUUAUAAUAUUCAACGAGGAGAACGAGAUGCAAUUGCUGCAGAAAUUCUUUGAUCACAUUAUGGAGGUUCGUCCGCAUAUUGUGGUUACCUACAACGGGGAUUUCUUCGAUUGGCCAUUUGUCGAGACACGAGCGGCUGUCUAUGAUCUGGAUAUGAAGCAGGAGAUUGGCUUUUCUAAGGUGCGGGAUGGCAACUACUUGAGUCGUCCCUCCAUUCACAUGGAUUGCCUGUGCUGGGUGAAGCGUGAUUCCUAUUUGCCAGUGGGAUCGCAGGGUCUAAAGGCGGUGGCUAAGGCCAAAUUGCGCUACGAUCCAGUUGAACUGGAUCCCGAGGACAUGUGUCGCAUGGCUGUGGAGCAGCCGCAGGUCUUAUCCAACUAUUCCGUGUCGGAUGCAGUGGCAACCUACUAUCUAUAUAUGAAAUACGUUCAUCCCUUUAUCUUUGCCCUAAACACUAUUAUUCCCAUGGAACCGGAUGAGAUUUUGCGAAAAGGUUCCGGCACUCUAUGUGAGACUCUACUGAUGGUUGAGGCGUAUCAUGCGAAUAUCGUGUAUCCCAAUAAGCACAUGAGUGAGCUAAAUAAGCUCUCCAAUGAGGGUCAUGUCCUCGACUCGGAAACCUAUGUGGGCGGUCAUGUGGAAGCUCUCGAAUCGGGUGUUUUUCGGGCGGAUAUACCCUGUCGCUUUCGUCUGGAUCCGAACAUGGUGAAGCAGCUAAUGGAUCAAGUUGAUGCCGUGCUCCAUCAUGCCAUUGUGGUGGAGGAGGGCAUUCCACUGGAUAAAGUCACCAAUUUGGCCGAGACUAAACAAGAGAUCAUUCAGGCUUUGCAGGGACUUCAUGAUAUACCCCAACGACUGGAGCAACCGGUUAUCUAUCAUUUGGAUGUAGGCGCUAUGUACCCAAAUAUUAUUCUAACUAAUCGUCUGCAACCUUCGGCCAUGGUGACAGAUCUGGAUUGCGCUGCCUGCGAUUUCAAUAAGCCUGGUGUACGAUGUAAGCGUUCCAUGGACUGGUUAUGGCGUGGUGAGAUGUUGCCUGCUUCGCGCAAUGAAUUCCAACGCAUCCAACAACAAUUGGAGACUGAGAAAUUUCCACCUCUAUUCCCGGGUGGACCAACCCGAGCAUUUCACGAGCUCUCCAAGGAGGAUCAGGCUGCCUACGAGAAGAAACGUCUAUCGGACUAUUGCCGCAAGGCGUACAAAAAGACGAAAAUCACAAAACUCGAGACACGCAACUCGACCAUUUGCCAGAAGGAGAACAGUUUCUAUGUGGACACGGUGCGUGCGUUUCGUGAUCGUCGCUACGAGUACAAGGGACUGACCAAAGUGGCCAAGGCUUCGGUAACAGCGGCCGUGGCUUCGGGAGAUGCCUCCGAGAUUAAGGCGGCAAAGGGACGCGAAGUACUCUACGAUUCGCUGCAGUUGGCCCACAAGUGUAUUCUUAAUUCCUUCUAUGGCUAUGUGAUGCGUCGUGGAGCUCGUUGGCAUUCCAUGCCUAUGGCCGGAAUAGUUUGUCUAACUGGAUCGAAUAUUAUUACCAAAGCUCGAGAGAUUAUUGAGCGAGUAGGUCGGCCAUUGGAAUUGGAUACUGAUGGUAUUUGGUGCAUAUUGCCUGGAUCAUUUCCCCAGGAAUUCACCAUACAUACCACUCAUGAGAAGAAGAAGAAGAUUAACAUUUCUUAUCCGAAUGCGGUGCUCAAUACCAUGGUCAAGGAUCAUUUUACCAACGAUCAAUAUCACGAAUUGAAACCAUCUGCUGGUGAUGGUGAACCUCCCGCCUAUGAGUUGCGCGAAGAGAAUUCCAUUUUCUUUGAAGUAGACGGUCCAUAUUUGGCCAUGGUUCUACCCGCCGCCAAGGAGGAGGGCAAGAAGCUAAAGAAACGUUAUGCCGUCUUCAAUUUCGAUGGAUCACUCGCAGAAUUGAAGGGUUUCGAGGUGAAACGUCGCGGCGAACUGCAGCUGAUCAAGAAUUUUCAGAGUUCCGUGUUCGAAGCGUUUCUGGCAGGUAGCACUCUGGAGGAAUGCUAUGCUUCGGUGGCCAAGGUGGCUGACUAUUGGCUAGAUGUCCUCUACAGUCGUGGUUCGAAUUUGCCAGACUCCGAGCUCUUCGAAUUGAUAUCGGAGAACAAAUCCAUGUCGAAGAAACUAGAAGAGUAUGGAGCACAGAAGAGUACAUCGAUAUCAACGGCCAAACGUUUGGCCGAAUUCCUGGGUGAACAGAUGGUUAAGGAUGCCGGCUUGGCCUGCAAGUAUAUCAUAUCCAAGAAACCGGAAGGAGCUCCAGUUACCGAAAGAGCCAUACCAUUGGCUAUCUUUCAGUCGGAGCAGAGUGUACGACGCCAUCAUCUGAGACGUUGGCUUAAGGACAACACCAUGGGUGAUGCGGAUAUACGAGAUGUGCUCGAUUGGAACUACUAUAUCGAGCGUUUGGGUGGAACUAUUCAAAAAAUCAUCACCAUUCCCGCUGCCCUGCAAGGCUUGGCCAAUCCUGUGCCGCGGGUCCAGCAUCCAGAUUGGCUGCACAAGAAAAUGCUCGAAAAGAACGAUGUUCUCAAGCAGAGGCGCAUUAAUGAGAUGUUCACCAGCAGACCGAAACCAAAACCGGCUAUGGAAAGGCAUGAGGAUAAGGACUUAGAUAUGGAGGAUUUGGCUGGCAAGGAUGGUCCCGAGGAUGGACUGGCGGCUGGUAGGCCAGUGGUUACCAAGCGCAAGAGAGUCCAGCUUAAUGACGAGGAUGAGGAAUCUUCUGCCGCUGCUACAACUUGGCGUCAGGCCUUAGGUGCUCCACCCCCAAUCGGUGAGACGCGCAAAACAAUUGUCGAAUGGGUGAAAUUCCAGAAACGUAAAUGGGCGUGGCAGCAGGAGCAACGUGAUCGCUGCCGUCAAGCGCAAAAACGUCAACGAGCUGGAGCCGGCGGAAAUGAGGAGGCCUCGUCGUCUGCCAUGGCAAGAUCGGGACCAUCUGCAGCCACUUUAGGUGGCUUCCUGAGACGAGCUCAACGCUCUCUCCUCGAUCAGCCAUGGCAGAUUCUACAGCUAGUGCCAGUCGAUGAUCUUGGACAUUUUACGGUUUGGGCACUAAUUGGAGAGGAACUGCAUCGCAUUAAACUGACCGUGCCCAGAAUUUUCUAUGUCAAUCAACGCAGUGCCGCGCCGCCAGAGGAGGGUCAAUUGUGGCGCAAAGUCAAUCGGGUGUUGCCCCGAUCUCGACCAGUUUACAAUCUUUAUCGUUACAGUGUGCCGGAGCAAGUGUUUCGCGACAAUUCACUGGGCAUGUUGGCCGAUUUGGCCACUCCCGACAUUGAGGGCAUCUACGAGACGCAAAUGACCCUUGAAUUUCGUGCCCUCAUGGACAUGGGCUGCAUUUGUGGAGUGCAGCGGGAUGAGUCGCGUCGUCUGGCCAUGUUGCCGACCAAAGAUCUGGAGAGCUUUAGCAUCGAACAGUUGGAGCAACGUCCUCAGUCUCACAUAAAGUACCUGCAAUAUGCCGGCUCGAGAAUGCGUAAGAUUUAUUUGUACCAACAUAAUAUACCCACAGCCAAGAAGGAAAUCUGGGCCCUAUUCGUCAUGCCCAGCAAGAAAGCAUAUAUAUUUGCCCUGGACACAGUGCGAACCAAUCAGAUGCCAAAUAUGCGGCAACUCUACACGGCGGAACGUCUUGCCCUGCUCAAGAAUCUAAGUCAGGAGACCGAGCAGGCGAAAAUUCCAUCGGAGGACUUUACAUUUGAAGUGAUCAUUGAGGUGGAUGUCAAGCAGAUUCAUCGGCAAAUCCAACGUGUGCUCACCGCCUACAAGCAGGAGCAUUCGGGACCAACCAUGUUGUGCCUGCAAACGGCCAUCGAGGCCAGGAAAAUGAGUAAUUCGAUGCCAAUGCUCCUGGAAUUCCCACAAUCUCAAAUACACAUCUCCGAUGAUGCGAGUCUGCUUUCUGGCCUGGAUUGGCAGCGACAGGGCUCACGUGCCGUAAUCCGUCAUUUUCUCAACCUGAACAAUGUACUGGAUCUAAUGUUGGAUCAAUGUCGUUACUUCCAUGUACCAAUUGGUAACAUGCCGCCGGACACGGUGCUCUUUGGGGCCGAUUUGUUCUUUGCUCGCCUCCUGCAGCGUCAUAACUUCGUUUUGUGGUGGUCGGCCAGUACACGACCCGAUCUUGGUGGCCGUGAGGCCGAUGACAGUCGUCUGCUAGCCGAAUUCGAGGAGACCAUCAGUGUGGUGCAGAACAAGGCGGGUUUCUAUGGCGAUGUGUGCGUAGAAUUGGCCCUGGACAGUCUGGCAGUGAGCGCUCUGUUGCAGUCCAAUAAAAUACAGGAAAUGGAGGGAGCCUCCUCGGCCAUCACCUUCGAUGUGAUGCCACAGGCUUCGCUGGAGGAAAUGAUUGGCACUGUGCCGGCUGCAACUUUGCCCAGCUACGAUGAGACCGCCCUCUGUUCGGCAGCCUUUCGUGUAAUGCGUUCCAUGGUAAAUGGUUGGCUACGUGAGGUUUCCAUCAAUCGGAAUAUAUUCUCUGAUUUCCAAAUUGUCCAUUUCUAUCGAUGGGUUCGCUCGAGCAACGCUCUUCUCUAUGAUCCGGCUCUGCGGCGAUCCCUCAACAAUCUGAUGCGAAAGAUGUUCUUGAGGAUUAUAGCCGAAUUCAAGCGCCUGGGUGCCACCAUAGUCUAUGCAGACUUUAAUCGUAUUAUAUUGAGUUCAGGCAAGAAAUCGGUGUCGGAUGCAUUGGGAUAUGUGGAUUAUAUAGUCCAAAGUUUAAGGAACAAGGAAAUGUUCCAUUCAAUACAAUUGAGUUUCGAGCAAUGCUGGAACUUUAUGCUCUGGCUGGAUCAGGCCAAUUUCUCGGGUAUACGGGGAAAACUGCCAAAAGGUAUCGAUGAGACGGUGUCAUCCAUAGUUUCCACUACCAUGCGAACCGCAGCAGCUGAUGCCGAUGAGGUGGAUAAUAAUGAUGAUGAUGAUGACGAGGAUGAUGACAAUGCAGAAAAUAGAGAUCCCGACUUGCAAGUGGUAGAGGAUCAAGAGCAGGAGGAGGAAGAACUUUCGCUAGAGUUGAAUUGGACUAUUGGCGAACAUUUGCCCGAGGAGAAUGAGUGUCGAGAGAAAUUUGAAUCUCUGCUGACGCUUUUCAUGCAAUCUUUAUCCGAGAGAAAGACCACCGAGCAGGCAAUUAAGGAUAUUUCCCAUUGUGCCUUCGAUUAUGUCCUCAAAUUGCACAAGAACUAUGGCAAGGGUAAGCCCAGUCCUGGUUUGGAGCUAAUACGCACAAUGGUCAAGGUGCUUAGUGUGGACAAAACCUUGGCGGAACAGAUCAAUGAACUGCGCAAGAAUAUGCUACGAUUGGUGGGCAUUGGUGAGUUCUCCGAUCUGGCCGAAUGGACGGAUCCCUGUGAUAGCUAUAUCAUCAACGAGGUCAUCUGCAAGGCCUGCAAUCACUGUCGAGAUUUAGAUUUGUGCAAGGACAAACAUCGGGCCAUGAAGGAUGGCAUUCCUGUGUGGCUGUGCGCCCAGUGUUAUGUGGCCUAUGACAAUGAGGAGAUUGAGAUGCGAAUGAUUGAUGUGCUUCAGCGUAAAUUAAUGUCAUAUGUUCUGCAGGAUUUACGUUGUGCCCGCUGCAAUGAGAUAAAGCGUGAGAAUUUGGCAGAGUUUUGCACUUGUGCUGGAAACUUUGUGCCUCUAAUUAGUGGCAAGGACAUUAAGUCAUUGCUAAGCACAUUCAGCAAAGUGGCCAGCAAUCAUAAGAUGCAGUUGCUCCAGGAGACAGUACAGCAGGCACUGAAAACACCACGAUAGAUGGCACUUAGUUUAUAAGAUGAUGAUGAUACUAAAGGAACACUCUGAAUUCCACAA